UACUUUUUUCGUUUUUAAUCUGUUGUUCAUAAAAAAAAUUGUGAUUUGGUUAAUUUAGUUUUUAACGUGAUCAAAAUGAUUUAGUUAGAAACAGUUAGUUAAUUUUGUGUGUUUAGUCACCAAAAAUUUUGUGUUUGUUUACUCAGUAUCGUGUUUGUUAGUUCAGAGACUGGUACUAAAAUUUCUGUCUCUGUCUCUAAAAUUUCAGUAUUUCAGUACCUCCAAAAAGUAGGGACACAGGGGACUGAAAUUUUUAGAGAUGGAGACUGAAACUUUAAUAACAUUUUAUACCUAAAAUACUUUCAUUUCAAUUAAUUAAUUCCAAUUUUACCCUUUGUACAAAUUAAAUUAGAGUUUCAUUUUUGUUUCAAUUACUGUCUCCCAUUUUACACCAAACAGAAUAUUGGGAUUUAUUUCAAUCCCUGUCUCUUAGUCUCUAUCUCUCAGUAUCAGUCUUUCCGUCUUUGUCUCUCCACCAAACGCUACCUAAUGGACUGAUUGUUUGGUUAUGAAUUUAUGAUGAGACUUGAAUUUGUUGAAUGGGAAGUUUGCUAAUUACUAAUUUAGUUAUCCUGCCGAUUGCGGAUGUGUUGGUUUGCUAAUUUUGAAUUUGGAAAGAAAAUGUUUGGAGAUUGAUAUUUAGUUAUUUAGUUUUACUUUGUGGUUAUGAUAUUAUUAUGAUUCUGCUAUUAAAAAUAAUAGGAAUGCACCUUAUUUUCAAUUUUAGUUUUGAGGGCCCUGAAAUUCCAUUGUUAGAGUUGAUUGUUGAUUGCCUUUAAUUUAUUGUUAAUUAUUAAUAGGCUUUGUUGCUACAAUGUGAUUGUUAAUUGCCUAAUUGGAAUUGAUUGCUAAUUGCCUAAUUGAUUGUCAAUGUGAUAGUGUAAUUAGAAUUAGAUAGUAGGCUCUGUUAGAAUUGAUUGUUAGUUGAUAAUAGACUGUUAAAAUUGAUUGUUAAUUGCCUAAUUGAUUAAUUGUUAAUUGUUAAUAGGCUCCAUUGCUGCAAUGUGAUUGUUAAUUGCUUAGUUGGAAUUGAUUACUAAUUGCCUAAUUGAUUGUCAUUAUUAUUGUGUCAAAUUAAGAUAUUAUUGUAGUAUUGACCAAUAAUAUGUCUAUUUUCGUAGUAGAAAUUGAGACUUGAUUGUUGUUAAUGUUGGUGAAGAUAUAUAUUUCAAAAUUUAAUUUUAAGUUUUUGACUAUUUUAUAUUUUUAUUUAAGUACGACCGGAUUAGCCAGUUCAACUAGUAACCCACCGGUUGAACUAGUGACCAGUAGUGUGACUGGUUCGGUUCUGACAACUAUGAUCACAUCCUUGGAAAUAACUUACCUAUAAGCUUACUCCGUUCUAGAUUGCAUGGGUUUUAAGGUGAAAAAUAAUUUCUUCAUCCAAGGACUCAUAAUCUUCCUUUAUGGGUUGCAAUUCCCUCAUGUUGACUUUCCUUCCAAGGCAUAGCUGUGUUCCUUUGUUGUAUUCUUUACCCAAAUUCACCAACCAUGUGAAGGAACUUCAUGCCCAGUUAAUCACCAAUGGCAUCAAAUCUCCUUCCUUAUUGGCCAAGUUAAUUGAACAUUAUUGCGAAUCGCCAUUCAAACAUGUUGCUAAUAAUGCACAUUUAGUGUUCCGGCAUUUUGACAAGCCAGACUUGUUUCUCUUCAAUACUUUGAUUAGAUGUGUUCAACCCGAGGAGUCCAUUACUACUUUCCAAAAUGAGUUUUCAAGGGGAGCCAUGGUUUUCAAUGAUUAUACUUACAAUUUUGUUCUUGGAGCCUGCGCUCGCUCUCCCUUGGUUUCAUCAUUAUGGUUAGGUAGACAAUUACAUGCCCUUAUAGUAAAACAUGGGAUUGAAUCAGAUAUUUUGGUUCAGACUACAAAGAUACAUUUUUAUGCUAACCACAAAGAUAUUAAAUCUGCCAGAAGGAUGUUCGAUGAAAUGCCAGAAAGAAGUGUUGUCACUUGGAAUGCUAUGAUAACAGGUUAUUGUUCCAUGAAAGAAGGAAAUGAGGAUCAUGCUGCUGCUGCGUUGUCUUUAUUUUGCAACAUGUUGGUGGAUCCUAGUGGUGUUAAGCCAACAGAUACUACCAUAGUUUGUGUUCUUUCAGCAGCUUCUCAAAUGGGAAUUAUAGACAUUGGGGCCUGCAUACAUGGCUUUGUAGGAAAAACAGGGUAUAGUCCUGAAUAUGAUGUGUUUAUAGGAACUGGUAUGGUGGAUAUGUAUGCGAAAUGCGGAUGUCUGAACAGUGCCUUAUCCAUCUUCUGGCAAAUGAAUGUGAAGAAUGUAUUGACUUGGACAGCGAUGACUACUGGCCUAGCCAUACAUGGGAAAGGAAGACAAGCCUUGGAGAUUUUCUAUAAAAUGGGAGCUUAUGGUGUUAAGCCGAAUGAAGCAACUUUUGCAAGUUUGUUUUCAGCUUGUUGUCAUGCUAGGCUUGUAGAAGAAGGCCUUCAAUUGUUCCACGAUAUGAAGAGAGUGUUCGGAGUGACACCUCAGAUACAACACUAUGGUUGCAUUGUUGACCUUCUUGGCCGAGCCGGACAGUUAACAGAAGCUUAUGAUUUUGCCUUGGGGAUGCCAAUUAGUCCUGAUUCUGUUAUUUGGAGGAGUUUGCUUGCAGCUUGCAAGAUUCAUGGGGACAUUGUGAUGGGAGAGAAGGUGGGUAAGUUUCUUCUGCAGUUAAAAGAGGAGACUUGUCCAAAUGUGACUUCGACAAGCGAGGAUUAUGUCGCUCUUUCAAACGUUUAUGCUUCAGCCGAAAGGUGGAAUGAUGUUGAGACCAUAAGGAAAGGCAUGAAAGCCAGGAGUGUUUUGAACAGAACUGGUUCUAGCUCUGUUCAAACCGUUAACAUGGCUACCUUGUAACAUAACAUUGAUACAACAACGUUGUUAGUAACAAUGAGAACUUUUUGGUCAACCAAUAUGGAGUAGUUGGCAUUAACCUAGAAUGAAGAUAAAGAAAAGAGGAACUCUUUCAAUGUCUUUAACGAUUAGUUUUGGUUCAUGGUUCUACUUGUAAAGAGUACGAUCAUUAGUAACGUUUUCUUACGUUUUAUUGGUUAA